CUGCAACUGUGACAACUUGCACGGUAGGCUACAAUAAGGAAAUGAAAACCCUUGUAAAACAGGGCAUAGUGCGGAAUAAUUUAGCGUUAUAAAACGAAUACGAUGAGACACGAUAGCAGAUAAUAAGAGAGUCUUGCUCAAGGCUUAGGGUUCGUUUUGGUUUUGAUUUUAACUCAGUCAAUGACUAUGGAUUAGCUAGCUAGCAAGCUAUAUUGGGUUUUUGCAAUGCUUCAGGUGUUUAGCCGGCUAGCUUACUAAACUUGUAUUUAAAAGUUUUAUCAUUCUCAUGUGAAAAGAGCAAGUGUGACCUUACUAUGGACAAUAGCACCAUUUAUGUCCGAGAGAGAGGCAACCUUCGUCGUGUCCGUGGCAUAGUCCUGGCACAACUAAAGCCAGUGUCAUCAUGCAGAAGGACAAAUCGGUUUGUGCUGAGAAAAGAGCACUUCAUAUUCACCUACAAUGCGGAGGGAAGUCUGAGAUACACCACAAAAUCUCUCUUUGACAUCACUCUGUUAUUCGUAGCUGACAACAUUCAACAUGUGGACUCUCUGGUGGGUUUCCCUGAGCAGAUAGGUGACAGACUUUUUGCAGCAGCAGAGGAGAAUCGUGUAUUUUUAAACGCAGACAUUUCUCCAAAAGCUUUGCAGUUAUUCAGUGAUGCAUAUGGGGAGAUGGUGCUGGGAUCCCUCUGUCUGAGAAACAGAUUUCCACUCUUGCACGAGAGGAUGGAUGAGAUAAAAACAUUUCAUAGUUUGAAGUCACUGGAUCUGUUUGGCUGCAGACUGGGGGAUGAUCAUGAGAUAUUCCAGCAUCUAACAUCCAGCUCAUUGGCAAGCAGCCUGAUUCAGCUUUUCAUUGGUGGCAACAGUCUGUCAGAUGCCGGCCUACAAAGAUUGACUGCACCUAUCCGGAUGUUGAGGAAGGGACUGGACUGUCUUCAGUUCCUUGAUGUUUCCUAUAACCCUAUCUCAGCAAGGGCUCUAAGAUAUCUCACAUGCCUCCCCAAACUUGAAAAUCUUGAUGUAUCUGGGACCAGUUUGAAGCUUGGCACAGGGUUGAAGACAGCCAUAUGGGACCUGCUGGGGCUCAUUUAUUCCGAGAAACCACUGGACACCUUUGAUCACUCAAGAUGUAAAACAGCAGGUUGGGCCGAGCAGGUUGUGAAUCAGUGGGAAACAAACGGCUCACAAAUGCCAAAACAGAAGAAAAUUGAUGAAUCCAGAACAUCAGCACUUCGCUUUUUCGGCAGGCAGAAGUUUGUCAGAGAAGUACUGAACGCAGCACCCUUGGUGUGUGACGAGGAUGAGGCCAAGAGAGAGAUACUGCAUUUCUUCAGACCUGCAGCAAACGAUCACAAACCAGAAAAGCAGACUCCUUCCACAACACAUCAUCAAGCAGUGCCUUCGUGGCACAAUAUUAAAAAAAGGCAGCGUCAGUCGGAAAGGCGUGACAGUUCACAUCAAAGUCCUCCAGCGAAACGUCUGCCCUCAUCAUCAGCUCUUACUGCAGAGGACAUUGACUUGUUGAACAGCUAUUAAAGAAUGCGACUAUAUAGCAUUCCUCAAAUACCAUUGACCUUUAGGCUCAAGUGAAAAAGAACAGUUUCCAGGAUGAUUCACACUGUUGAACUGUGAAGUCUUUUUCUUGGAUACGGGUGCUGUUUGUAUAUUUUUAUAAAUAAAGUUUAGUAUUUUGUUUGUG